AUGAAAUUCGAUCAUGUCGUGGAAAAGCAACAAGAACGAAAAUUCACCGCUUGGUUGAAACUGCUCUUGAAUAAGUCCCCUGAGAUCCUAUCCAUACAGCAUGCCACAAAGCAUCGGCCUGGGGAACUAAAGUCUGCUUGUCUCUGGAGGAACAGUGCUUUCAAUAUCUGCUAUCUGGUCAGAUAUGAAGAUGGCUUACAUACCAUUGUCCGCUUUGCUGCUCUUAAAAAAGCUAUACUUUAUUGCAAAAAAGUUGAAAAUAAAGUUGCAACCAUGAAGUACCUUCGCUAUAUAAUAUUGAUACCUAUCCCCAAAUAUUUAGUUCUGGCAUCUCUGUGUCUAAGGCGAGCUUAUUGCGAAAUGGCCGCAAUUAUGUUAAAACUGUUAAGGCUUGAAUUUAAUGCGAUCGGCACCCUAACUGAGUAUAAGGGGCGUUUUAUCGUUGGAAGGCGACCACUUACCUUUAAUAUGAAUGAGUUGAUGGCAUCGGCAAAUAUGCCCGAGGAAGCUUUCCCUUCGCAUACCUUCAAGUCAGCCAUGGACUAUAUCAAAUCGCUUACUUUACAACAGAUUUUUAGCGAGAACUGCCAAGGGCCAUUUCGGCUUUAUUAUGAUGAUUUCUGCCCUUCAAAUAUCCUUAUUAAUAUUAAGAACCAUAGUAUCUCUGGAGUCAUUAAUUGGGAAUUCACACAUGUUGCACCUGCUGAAUUUUUAUGGAAACUCCGUAUAUUUCUGGAUGCACUACAUGAUUGCGAAGAUGAAUCAAUAGAACGACAAUACCUGUCCGAAUCACAGCGCCUUUCUCCGCCAAUGGAGCGUUCUAUGGAUACUGGAUUGUUCUGGGUGUGCUUGGCCGUGAGGUAUAGCUCCAUGUUCAAUGAUAUAUUUGGACAUUUAUCGAUCGGCCAACAUGAAAUCGACGACUUUGUCAAGUUGAAGACGCUCAAAUCAAACGAGGGUGGCGAAGAGAAUUUCAGGGAUUCAUUUCCCAUCGAUAAAUUGUAUGAUUUAUGA